AAACACAUAAUUAAAGUCCAAAUGAGCGCACAGCAAAGACGCUACUCGUUCCAGUAGAAUCCAACAGCUGUGUUAUAGCAGUCAAUAUGAGCAGUGUACAAUAAGUUUGGAUUUGUAUAAGUAAGAACGGCGCGGUCUCGGAGAAUCACACGUUUUGAUUGAUUUUGAGAAGGGAAAUUAAGGUAACCAAAUAAAUGAAAUACAAGGCGGACUGUCGGUCAUUUUGGAGAACUGCGUUUUGGGUGUAACUUUGCCCUUAUACCGGUAGUCGAAUGCACCCACGUCGGGGCCUCGGGAAGGGCUGGCUCAUGGCUGAGGGAGCAGUCUGCCCUAAAAUCCGGACCAUAAAACUCACCAGGAAAGCCAACAACUAUCCGGGACAACUGUGGAAUCGUAUUGGACCAUUUGAUGAACGCGCGCCGGGCUUUUUUGCUCUAUAUUGACGAGCCAGAUUGACCUUAAACACAGUUUUAAAGUGACAUAUUAUUUCAGCGGAAGGCUAUCAUUUUUUUCCUCGCUGCCUGCGUUGCUACUUCGCUACAAUCAAGCCGUUUUAGUGCGACCACACCCUCUCUGCUUCCUGAUACUAGGCAAUACAGAAUAUGUAGCGGGAGAGAGCACAACUGACUUUCAGUUUGGAAAACCCAACACUCAUUUUUCAGUGAUGUCUGGUGGUCGACCGACAUGUUAGUUGUGAAAGAUUGUUUCAGACGGGUUCAGGAGUUUAGGCCAUCAUUUCAAUAGGGACACGACUGCUAUGGAUAUCAAAACCGAAACCCGACACAGGAUAUUCCGGACCAGACAUUCACGCCCUGCGUUUUGCUAAGAAGUGCUUAUGGACAAUAGAUAUGCCUAUGGAAUCGAACCUGCCGGACGAACAAGUGUCUAUCACGGGACUGUGUAUGAAAAAGAAGAGGUUGAAAGUCGCGGGAGGGCCAGUGCAAUUGGCCUGUUGCGUUUUUGGAGCCUUCUGUUUGCAAAGACUCAUGUAAUGAUGAUGCAGGAAAGGCAGAGGGAGCGAGGAGUGGUCGAACGGAAGUGUCUGGGUGGUGCUCUCCUUGUAACUGGAAUGAGCCAGCCUCCCGGUCAAACUAGGGUGGUCAAAUUUAGUGGGAACUCUUCAACGGACAAUACGGUUCACAUACACCCUGCCUUCAAGCAAGCAGGUAUUUUACAAUCCUAUCGUGUUCUCGAGUACAUUUAAUCAGAAAAAACGACACGUCUUAAAAUUGUAGUUUAUCAGUUCAAAUAUCAUCAGAUCGGUAAUAUUUUUAGAUUUUAUUAAAUUCAGAACUUUUAAUAUUAUCUUUGUACAGUCUGCACUUAGCCUGAAGUAUAGGCACCUUGGUGGCACUGCAGUUUUGUGUGUGAUUUUAUUACAAUAACCUGUGAAUUUUUCUGUUUUGCGAAAACCUGGGACGACAAUAGAUAUUAGCAGGUGGACGAAGUUUUUUUCCAGGGCAUUUUAUUUAAUAUGUAAACAUUACAACGAUUAAGUUAUAAACACUGAGUAAAUGGAAAGUUAUAAUUUGAAGGGAUUCUCGUCACAAAAAAAUGUAAAGGAAGGAACUCUCAUUGAAGAGUAAGUGUUUAGAAUAGUUCAUUUUAUAGAUCAUAGCUCAAAACCAAGUUACUAAUUUAACCCCAACAGAAUUCCUAUCCGUACUUUGUAUGAGAAUAAUGAGCUGGGGUACCAUGACAUAGAACUUCUAUUUUGAUCUCAGCAAAUGUUUACUUUGAGAAUACAAUGCCCUGUGCUUUUUUGCAAUCUCACAUUGACACAUACGGUGGACUACAUGUACUCUGAAGGACUAUAAGGAAUAUUCUCUGGCCAGUUCAAACUCACAGUUUUACACUUAUAGGGGUGUGGGUUAUCGUUAAUAACAAUGUCUUAAACUACGCUUUCUGUCCAUGGAGUGUGUGACGACGUAAAACACGUUUCUCAUUGAAAUCCCCCCACAAAUCGAGCAGCUUGACCCCCCUACUAUGGCUAGUAGUGGCUCAGGGAGGUCAGCUAGCGAGGGUUCCAGCAGCACACAGAGCAGCAGCUUGCAGCAGAGGAAGAAGCUCUCGUCCAUCUGUGACACGUGUAAGGGCAAGAUGCAGCUGGUUGCCGACCUCCUCCUGCUCUGUAGUGAGACACGGCCCGUGGUCACCGCGGAUGGCGUGGCAGUGGCUGAGACCUUUGAGCAGUGCCGCGACACGGUCAUCGCCCGCACCAAGGAACUCUCCAUCCUCACCCACGACAUCCAGUCGCAGCUCAACAUGGGCCGCUUCGUCGAGGUGGGAGAUCGCUUACUAGAGAUGGGGGACCUGGUGGUGUCGUUGACCGAGUGUUCGGCGCACGCCGCAUACCUAGCGGCUGUGGAGACCUCGGGUUCUCAGCCGUGUCUGCCAGGGCUGGUGGACCGCUACAAAGUGACACGGUGCCGCCACGAGGUGGAGCAGAGCUGCGGCAUCCUCCGGGUCACGCCGCUGCCGGACCUCACGCCUCAGCUUCUACUGGAGCUAUCUCAGAACAUCUCCUGCAACCUCAAGACCCUGACAGAUGCCUCGGGCCUGGCCAGCGAGAGGUCCAAGGACCGCUUCGCCAAAGAACAGUUCAAGCUCAGCGUCAAGAGCAUUAGCACGAGCGGCACGGCCCUCUUGGCCUGCGUCCGGGAAGUCAAGACGCAGCCCAGCGAGCUGACGCGCAGCCGCUGCGUCCUGUUCAGCGCGGCGCUGGUCCAAGCGGUAAACGCAUUGGUCGGGUUUGCCACGGAACCACAGUUUUUAGGGCGGGCGGCGAGCGUGUCACCCGAGGGGAAGGGUGUGCAGACGGCAGUUCUGGGUGGCGCCAUGAGCGUGGUGUCAGCGUGCGUCCUUCUCACUCAGGGCCUCCGGGACGUCUCCCAGCAUCCAGAGAGCAGCACCAAGAUGGCGGACUACAGGGAGCGCUUGCGCAACUCGGCCUGCGCGGUGUCGGACGGCUGCACGCUGCUCUCACAGGCGCUAAGGGAGAGGUCUUCACCCAGGACUCUACCGCCAGUCAAUUCCCAUUCUGUGAAUUAGUUUAAUAAAGAAAUAUAAAUAAACCCAUUCUAGAAGUGAUCGUGGAUGAGAAAAUCCCAUCUUUAUCUCCUUGUUUUGGCAUACCAAAGAGACUCGCUCGGAUUGGCCCUGUUCGUUUAGGGUCGGGAGGUCGAGUGAGAGCAGAGAGAGAACACAAAGGAAGGAGUCUGGAUCUGGUUCUACGGAUGAGAUAGGUGUGCUGUGUUUGGACUUUUACUGAGCUUAAAGUAACACCAUCGGAAAACAAGGUUUUGGUUGCGCUGGAUGUGACCAGAACCUCACCAUAAGAAACGGAUAACUUAAACUCAGGCUCCAAUCUACAUACACCUGUUGGCCUUCUCUUUGCCAAAAACAAACAAUGAUCUUAAACCUGAUAAAGUUUACCUCAGUUUUCAGCUAUGGUGAAAACGCCAGAUAUGAAAUGAUGGAUGUAGCCUGCCGUGUGUGUGUGUGACCUAUGACCUAUGGACCCCCAGGUGACCUCUAGUAGAAGUACAUGUGCUCUAGUGAGAGUAGGAAGUAAGAAGAAGAGUGCCCUUCAUCGCUUGUGUUUUUCAAUGUGUGAAAUUCUUAAAAUGGGUUAAAGCUGCUGUGAGUGUGUGCCAUAGGUUUUACACUAUCUACCAGACUUACCAUAGUAUUGUUAAUGUUUUUGUUUUUUUGGAUCAUGCAUGUAUAAAUUAGUAUUUAUUUCAACUAUUAAAAAAGGUUGUUUCUCAUAA